AUGGCGACCACCGGUGAAAUGCAAGCGCGGGCUGGUCUGUUGGACCCUGCUGCCAACGUGUACUUUAGCAGCGUGUUCGACUCUGGGAACGGAGUGUUGAUGGGUGGCGAGGUGCCUGAAUCUGGUCCCGUCGUUGCUCGCGUCUCGAUUGCUAAGGAACCGUUUACGGAAGGCACCGACAAGCGUCAUCACAAACAAUGGUUCUACUUUCAGCUGAGCAACGUCUUGGGUCGGGCCUGUCAGGUGGAGUUGCACGUUGGGGAGACGAGCUACCCUGAUGCAUGGACGGGCUACUGGGCCACCUACAGCAUUGAUCAAGUGAAUUGGCUGCGCGCCCCAACCCAGUACGACGCAGAACGCCUGACGGUGACAUUCAACGUGGAAGCAUUGACCGCCAACCGCGUUUACUUUGCAUACUUUACCCCUUAUGCCUACGAGCAGCACCGCCAGCUGGUGGCUGAGGUGGUGCAGGGACUUGGCAAGGUGCCGGCCUUUCAGGCACAGCACGAAGUGGUGGCUCAGUCCGUUCAGGGGCGCGACAUUGACCUUUUCCGCUUUGGCACUGGGCCUCUCCAAGUCUGGAUCAUCGCCCGCCAGCACCCGGGCGAAUCAAUGGCUGAGUGGUACAUGCAAGGCCUUUUGAAGGAGCUGUUGGCAGCAGACCCGGCAGGUGACAUUGCUGCUCUGCUUCAGCAAGUGACCCUCAACUUGGUACCCAACAUGAAUCCCGACGGCAGCUUCCUGGGCCAUCUACGCACCAACGCUGUGGGCGCCAACCUGAACCGCGAGUGGGGCGCCACGGGCGACUAUGCUGCGCCUACACUCGAGCGCUCGCCUGAAGUUUACGGUCUCUGCCAAAAGCUGGAGCGUGUUGGCUGUGAUCUCUUUAUGGACGUUCACGGUGAUGAGGAACUGCCUCAUAUCUUUUUCGCUGGCACUCAGGGUGUGCCACGCUGGUCGCCGCGCCUGGCAGUGCUCUACCACCAGUUCACAGCAGCGCAGCUCAAGGCGAGCCCGCACUUUCAAACCAAGCAUGGCUAUGGCAAUGAUGAGCCUGGCAAGGCUAACCUGGCCAUCUGUGGUGAUGCGGUGGCGCAGCGCUACGACUGCCUGGCCGUCACUCUUGAGAUGCCGUUCAAGGCCGUGCUCCGCGAACCCGAUAUGGUCCGCGGCUGGAACCCGGAGCGCAUCCAUGCCUUUGCUGCCACCCUCUUCCCUACUCUGACGCAGGUGGCCCCGAUGCUGCGAGCCGAGUUUCCCUUCCCAAAUGUUGAAUGUAACCCCGCUCAGCUGCCCGACUGGACGCAGCCCGGGUAUGAAAACCCCCCGAGCGAAGAGGUCUGGCCCACAACUGCGUAAAGAAGAGCCUGAAUCGAGCUGGCAUUGCGCCUCCCGGAGCGU